AUGGGGACCAGCCACAGAAACAAACGUGAAAAGAGGAAAGCGAGUCCUGAAAAGAAAAUACGAGGUAAUCAAGAUGAGAAGAAGGUCAGAAACAUGGAAACGAGACAUUUUAUUUGGAUUGGUUUCCUGGUAAUCGCUGCAGUAAUUGUUAUGUGGACGUACUGUGUUGCAGAAAAUGACCAAUCGCGAAACUUGGACGAACUUUUGAAAUAUUACAACGUCACUCAUUCACUUUCGAAAAUAGACAGAAGAUCAAAGUUAAGUUUACAAGAAUAUAUGGAUGUGUAUGAUGCAAAAUUUCCAGUGUUGAUCACCGAUGUUGUGCCAUUAUGGCCAGCGUUUAAUUGGACAAAGGAUUUUUUUCUGAAGAAUUAUGGUGGUGUUAAAGUCACAGUAAAAACAGUAGAAGGUGAUUUGUCUAAGGCUGAGAGUCUGGCAUUACCGAUCAGCAUGUUCAUUCAGAAAUCGCAUAGUGGGUCGUUCCAAACAUGGACGUAUCUUGAAGAUGAAAUGUUCAUAACUCAACGACCAGAGCUUUUGAAUGAUAUCGGGAAGGUAGCUUAUUUAGAAGAGGAUUAUUUUGAACUGUUUCCUGCUGAGAUAAAACCUUGGAACGCGAUGUUAUUGUGGGGAAGUGUGUACUCACGGUCGCCAUUACAUAUAGACCCUUACAACUGGACAGGAACUAAUGCUGUAUUAAUGGGAACUAAACGGUGGAAAAUGUACCCACCGGGACAGGAUGAUUAUCUUUAUGUUAUCAAUGAUCAAAAAUCAGGAUUCCCCCUUGACUGUUAUAAAUACAACAGUCCAAUUGAUGCUUAUGACGUAAAUUUGGAUAAAUAUCCUAAAUUUCAAAAAACAAAAUGGUUAGAAUUCGACCAAUAUGCUGGUGAGUUGUUACUGAUCCCGACAGGUUGGUUUCAUCAAGCUUUUAACGUAGAGGAAACUAUGGCAAUAAGCAGUCAGGUCAUGAAUACAAAUAACUAUAAAAUUGUUCUUGAGGAAAUUCUCAAAGCCGGUAAUUUUGAUGACAUUAAUUUGCCUAUUGAUUAUGCUUCCUUGUUGCCGGAGAAACAGGUGGAAACUCUGAUGUCUGUGUUGCCGGGGAAAAUAUUGGAAAAAGGCAGACAAGUGACUGAGAGUGUUUUGAAUCAAUUGAAAUAUGAUGAGCUAUAUCAGCAGCAAGGCUAA